AUGGCGAUAGCUUUAUGGUACUGUCCACCACAGGGGUCAGUGGCUUACGAGACGCUGCAAAUGCUCAUAUUUUCAUUUCAAACACUUUUCCCAAACUCGCCGGUCUUUGAGCCUCACAUAACAGUGACGUCUCACUUGGUAUGUAACAAUAGAGACGAUGUCAACAAGAUCCUUACUUCCUGUGCGGCCGCUAUUCAAUCGGUAAGGUCCCACCAGAAGACCGCGAAGAAAGGACACAAGGCACAAGCCUCCCAUGCUGCUGCUGCAGCGCCCCUAGUUUCAUUCAACGGGUGUAGUGUAGGCAAAGGGUAUUUCAAGAAAAUUGUACUUGAGUGUAACCAGAAUAAUGUACUUUAUGGGAUAGCGCAGAUCAUGAGGGAGAUGUACGUUGAAAUAGAUACUGAGACACGAAGUAGCCGUGCCGCUACGUGGGUACACGAAGAAUUUCAGCCACACGUCUCGCUGCUAUAUUCUGAUAUUCGUCCAGUGAGCCAGGCAUCGUUGCGGGUAGUUCAACAGAGAAUCGAAGACGCCUUGGACGUGCAAUUGGUGACAAGAGAGAAAAGUAAGGGUUCUGGAAACACUGACGGGUCCAACGAGGUGCAGAUAAGAUGGGACUUCGACAUCUCUUCGUCGCUGUCCUGGAACAUCCCAGGUACAUUCAAAAUCGUGAACUGCGUGGGACCUGUUGAAGAGUGGGUGGUACUCGGACGCGUGGAUGUCUAG